AUGAAAAAGACAAAAGAUCAUCAACUCACCGCGUUGGGACUUCUCCCCACUGAAUUGCUGUGCGAGAUUUUUAAUAAAUUAUCAGCGAAGGAAAUUUUCAAAUUGUGCCUCGUUUGCAGGAGUUGGUAUGAUUGCAUCAUGAUGGAUGAGACGUUUAUGAAUAUUGUUUGGAAAAAUGUUUCGGAAAGGCUUGUUCAUGAGUUUUACUACAUGUUUCUGCGACCAGAGGAUAAUAAUAUUUCUUCAUCUCUUCGUAUUGACAUGAUCAAGAAUAAUCAACGAUGUAAAUUAGUGGAUGGAGACUUUAUUGAUGAUGAUGACCUCAUUAUUAAUUCUCCUCUCAAAACAACAACCACGUUCAGCAAGUUCAAAAAGGAAAAUGUGGUUCGAAAAAUAUUGAGAUUAUCUCCAAACGCCAUUCGUUCCAAAUUAUAUUUCUUACACAUCUCUGAUAAUACCAAGAAUGCUGCAUUGAUGAACACAUCCCUGGUGAAAACUAUUGCAGAUUUAAUUACAAACAAAAGCAUUACUAUAAGCAUUUGGUUUAGAUUACAACCUCACUCAACAGGUGGAGUGCUGUUUGGAGUCCAAAACUCUCCAUUCGCUGUCGGUACUGCAUUCGUACCGAUCAUUUAUAUCACAAACAAUUUAAUGUUGCGAGCUGGUUUUUGGGGAGCAAAUUUUAUGGAAUUUUCUGAAAUAUUAACUGAUAAUAAGUGGCAACAUGUUGCCUUAACGAAAUCGAACAAGGUUGCUACCUUGUACUACAAUGGAAAGGCUGUCGGUACGAUCGUGCCUGAUCAUAAUUUUGAUCAUCACACACACAAACUCUAUCACGGCCAAAUUGGAAGUGGACUUUGCGAUCGAUGGCCAGGAAGCUCCAUGAACUAUACCUAUAAUUGUUACACAUUUGUUGGAGACAUUGCAGAUGUUAAUAUUUAUAGCAAAGAGUUGAAUGAACAGCAAGUGAAGGAAGAAAUGAUUUGUGCUCAACCUCAGCCCUCUCUAUUAGCCAGUUGGAGCUUCACAGAUGCUGUUGUUCUCUCACAAGCAAAAAAGAUGAAUGAGGUGGCCUCAGUACCGUCAGGAAACAAAUGCUCGGCACCUACUCUCACUGUCAUUGGUGAGGAUGUUUCAAUUUCAACAGGUCAAUAA